CCCCACCUACCUCACUAGACAACAUGCCUUACGCUGCCGGUGACGCUGCCAAGGGCGCCAACCUCUUCAAGACCCGCUGCGCCCAGUGCCACACCGUCGAGGCUGGUGGUGCCAACAAGGUCGGCCCCAACCUCCACGGCGUUUUCGGCCGCCAGUCGGGCUCGGUCGAGUCGUUCUCGUACACCGAGGCCAACAAGAAGGCCGCCGUCCACUGGGACACGGAGACGAUGUUCGAUUACCUCGAGAACCCGAAGAAGUACAUCCCGGGCACCAAGAUGGCGUUCGCCGGCCUCAAGAAGCCCAAGGACCGCAACGACCUCAUCACCUGGCUCAAGGAUGCCACCAAGUAAGGAGCCGACGCGGCCGCCUGCUGUUGUAUUUUCGGAGGCGAUCAACCCUAGACGCAACGUUACUCGCACUUCCCUCCC